UCAACAUCCCCGGUGUAUUCGUCGCUUACCUAACUGAUUGAUACGCUAAGCAAACGACGAUUAAAAGUGUAGUAUAUUGGAAUACUUUAUCAUGUCAAGCGGAAAGCUGCAGGAAUAAACAAGUCGAUGCCAUAUACUUAUAAACACUAAAUGAUUAUCGAAAGACGAAUGCCGACCAUAAACUAAUAAAGAAGCUAAAGAACUCGAAUGGGAUAUUAUCACGAUAGCUGGUAAAAUGGAGGAUUACAAGAAAAUAUUGACAACACCCGGAAGCCAAAACUGGCUUAAGGGGUCGGUGGCUGUGAACAUUACAAAGCAAGGACUUGCUUCGUUUGCUUGUAAUGUUUGUGAUGAAAUUCGCACCGAAACGUUAAAAAUAGCAAUAAAACAUCUUGUUCCUGACCUCUGUGAGAACUGCUCCAUUGUUGAAGUAAUACCGUGCGACCCUAAUAACAACAUUUGCAAUGCAGGACAAUGCCGUUUUCACAAGAGUCGUAUGUUUCGUCCGUGCCUUAUAAUAAAAUGUAAUGAUUAUCGUAACACUGUUCCCGACAAAAUCCAUAAAAGGAUGGAUAUAGGUUUAAUUUGCAAUAGCUGCAGGACAGUAGAAAUUGUGCAGUGUAAUCCAAGAAAUAAAGUCUGCGAUUCGGGAAGGUGCAAAUUUCACAUGGACCAAAAUACGAAGAUAUUAAUUCCAACAAGGCCAUGCCCAAACAACAUUUGUGAUACGCUCCGUGAUGUCAUAGAACAGAAACACAGAUUUGGGAAACCAUCAUGGAAGAAUACUGAUGCAAGGAAAUGGUGUGUAAACGCGUGGGAUAUUGCCAAGUGCUUUAUGCCCCCAGAUGGCUACGCAGAUGUGGACAAUGAGGACGAUACUGACUUAAACGGGAUAAUUAGUGUCUACAUCAACUGUAAAGAAUUUGAAAAGUAUUUUACUGCUGACCUAUCCCUUCAACCAACCCAUCAACACAAUCUAUGCACCAAGGUCCGUGAUGUUGGAAGGCAUAUCCGCCAUGCUCCGAAACUGGAGGUUACUGACGAUAAAUUGAAAGUCUGGUUUACCGACCUGAAGGCCUUAUUAUCUGACCCAACAUUUCACAAAGCAAAUCCCCGCGCGCAAAAUGCCAUAGACCAGCUUGAUAAGCUGGAGAGUGACGACUAUGUGAUUCCACUUUUAGACAUCAAAACAGAACUUGAAUGGCUAAAGAGGGAAGCAACAGACCUUGGUGACGUGCUUCAGAGCAAAACAGAUGAAGGCGUCCGUGCUAUACAUCAUGCUGAAAAUAAUGCCAUUCAAAACAUAACAUCAUUGAAUGAAUAUGAUCAGCCGUUAUCUAAAUCAGAUCUCAUCAAGUUUUACCGGGAAGACAGACGCUUUCAAACGCUUGGUCAUGGCUUAGAUUUGGCAGAUUCGGGACUUGAGGACAUCUAUAUUCCGCCAAACAUUAGUAGGGUUGAUCUUCAGUCAAUUCAUAGCGACAAGACACCAAACGACCACACCACAGAACCUCUCGAGAAUUUGAAACAGUUGUUCAGUUCGAAAGGUAUCAUAUUUCUCACCGCAGACGCUGGUGUUGGAAAGACAUCAUUUUGUAAGUUUUUAGUUUUAUCGUGGUGUAAGGUACAAGAGGAAUCGGCCGAUCUAAAAUCGAAUGUUAGUGGCACCCAAACCGUUCUUAGCGAUAUUGAGUAUUUGAAAGAGUUCUCAUAUUUGUUUUACAUCAAUUGCCAUAAAAACCAACGCGAUACAUUGGAAGAUAUCAUUUUCUCGCAUACGGUAUCUGUUCAUACAAAGUUAACGAAGGACGAUGUAACCUUCCGCAAAAAUACACACCUGGAACUCAGCGGUCUCACACAUCUCUCAAAGAUAACUAUACAGAACAUCCGACUGUCCCAAGUAACCAUCAAUCCGUCUUGUUUAGAGGAGUUCUGGGUUUACGUAAAGCCUGAAAUGAUACAAGAAAUAACGCCCAUGAAGCUGUCCUUUGUUAGCGGGUCGCAAUUCUCUUCCAAUCUUAAAAAACUCAGCUUAGUGCACGUGACCAUGGAUGUUCCCCUUGAUUUGGCAAAUUGUCCGCAAUUACAGCAAUUAGUUAUAGAGAAUACCUCAUCCGAUUCUGUAACAGACGAUGUAACCUUCCGCAAAAAUACACACCUGGAACUCAGCGGUCUCACACAUCUCUCAAAGAUAACUAUACAGAACAUCCGACUGUCCCAAGUAACCAUCAAUCCGUCUUGUUUAGAGGAGUUCUGGGUUGCCGUGAAGACUGAACUAAUACAAGAAAUACCGCCCGUGAAGUUGUCCUUUGUUGGCGGAUCGCAAUUCUCUUCCAAUCUUAAGAAACUCAGCUUAGUGCACGUGACCAUGGAUGUUCGACUUGAUUUGGCAAAUUGUCAGCAAUUAGUUAUGGAAAAUACCUCAUCCGAUUCUGUAACAGACGAUGUAACCUUCCGCAAAAAUACACACCUGGAACUCAGCGGUCUCACACAUCUCUCAAAGAUAACUAUACAGAACAUCCGACUGUCCCGAGUAACCAUCAACCCGUCUUGUCUAGAGAAGUUCUGGGUUUACGUGAAGCCUGAACUGAUACUAGAAAUCCUCCCCAUGAAGCUGUCCUUUGAUGGCGGGUCCAAGUUCUCAAGCAAACUAACGGACCUAAGCUUAAUGACCGGUGUGAAAAAGGUUGAAUUUGAAGAGGUGAAAAUAGUUAAAGCCCAGCAGCUUGUAGCCUUACUGACAUGUACAGAGCCUAUUCAAGCCUCAGACAACACUGCAGGCGGAAUGGUCGAACUGCCCGACGGGCUCCGUGUAUCAGAUAUCAGUUUCUCUGAAUGUCCUGUUCUGGGUUCAACAGUUGAGGAAUUAGAUUCGGCGAUUGAAUGUUUACGACGGGUUUGGGAGAUCAAGGAAGUCAAGAUAGAAACACAGCAGUCUAGCAUUUCCAACACCGUCUGCGGUGAAGACAUUAUUAGCGAGAAUCACAUUGUGUUGAAGAGUUUGCAGCUGAACUCAAAUUAA